AUGACUCCGGAAGUUGUCGACGGAGAGCGCGAGCGUAUUCGUGACUUGUCGAGGUAUUAUUGCACGGUCCUACACUCGACACCCGCGGGUGCAGCAGUGCCCACCGGCGACGACCAGCCAACGGGCUGCGAGUUGGCCAAAGAUAUCACGCUCACCGCCCUCGCCCAACUGGGAGUCCUGCGCUUCAACGCCAAUCGCUCUUUUGUCUCCAUCAUCGACGGCGACACUCAGCACAUUAUCGCGGAGGCAACGGGAUCGGUUUCGCUGAGAAACAAAGAUCGCCAUGCGCCUGGGAAUGGAAUCUAUCUCGGGGCGCGCUCCCUCGAUCUGACAUGGGGCGUGUGUCCUCACACUAUCCGCUUGUUCACGGGGAGGGAAACAAACAACAUCGAAUCCGACAAUGUGACCGCCAAUAAGUCACGGUACAUCAUUCGCGACUUCACCAAGGAGGAUUGCUUCAAGGACAGACCGUAUGUGAAGGAAUGGCCGCACAUGCGCUUCUACGCCGAGGUGCCACUGUUCAGCGCGACGGGAUACGUUUUGGGCUCCUACUGCAUAGUCGACGACAAACCGUGGACGGAGUUCGGCGAUGAUCAGGUCAGCGAUCUACAAGAAGUGGCUGAUGCUAUUGGGCAUCAUCUGGAGAACGUGCGGGUAGGGCAGGCCCAUCUGCGAGCGGAGCGACUGGUCAAGGGCUUGACGAACUUCGCCAAAGAGCAUGCUGAGUUCGAUCCGACCGAGGCCUCGAACGGAGGGCGCAUUCAGCUGAGUGUCAGUGCUGCGCACUUAGCAACCAAUGGGAAACCCGAGGUUUCAGAACCCGCACCAACACUCGUCACUCCAUUUCCCAUAGAUGGUGACACUCCGAGCUCCGGGCAAUCAUCUAUGUCCACGAUCACCGGCCAAGAAUCCGGUUUCUUCGUACAUGAUCAUCAAUCCUCAACCGACCCUUCGUCGCUUCAUUCCAUUUCAGACCACCCAACGGCGUUGAGUCCCGGGGAGGAAAAAUUGCUUGGAGAUGCCAUGAAACCGGGGGACACGGCAGCACAGAACAUCGAAAAGGGGAUCUCACAGUUGUCAAUGACCGAGAGCACCCCCGUUUACGAGCGAAUCGCAGCACUCUAUUCUAGGGCAAGCGUGCUGCUCCGAGAAUCGAUGGACCUUGACGGUGUUGUACUUCUUGACGCCUGUCCGACGAAUUUUGCUUUUGUCCCCGAUGAAGUUGAAGAUUGGGAGCCAUUACCCAAAGUUACAGAUUCUCGGUUUCCAACGGCACCAUUGCCUAGUCCGCUGGGCUUGCCUCGGGUUGUGUCGCAUGAGUUCAAGCGCGCUAGUGAUAUCCUUAGUUGUGCUCUGAAGUCAAAUCCAAGCGGUGAUAUCCCCACCCUAACCCCAGAAAUCCCGAAUGGACUCUUACACCAGCUUCUAAGGGCUUGUCCCCAGGGCCAGGUGAUCAACUUGAAUGCCGAAGUUGAGGAAAUUGCCGAGGAAGAUUAUUUGAAUUUCGGUCGCCAGAAUCCUUCGAAUUCCACGUCUGAGUGCCUUGGCCAGCCUGCUCUAUCCAAGCACUUGGCGCAGCGUAUCCCUGACGCUAAAAGCGCUAUAUUCCUACCUUUAUGGGACUGGAACAAGUCCCGUUGGCUCUCCGGUAUACUAGCAUGGACGAACAGCAGCUUUCGAGCAUUAGGAUUGGAGGAGUUACACUACUUCAAUGUCUUCGGAGACUCUAUCAUCUCGGAGGUUUCUCGCAUUCAUUGGGCCAGCGAUGAGCGGUCGAAGUUUGACUUCAUUUCCUCUGUCAGCCACGAACUUCGAUCUCCGUUGCACGGAAUUUUGGCGAGUGCCGAAUUGUUGAACGCCACUUCUCUGGACGGAGUACAAAAUGACAUGGUCGGCAUGAUCGAGAAAUCCGCAUUGACCUUGUUGGACACAACGAAUCACAUUCUGGACUUUUGCAAGGUCAACAAUCUACGAGAGUCCAACAAACUCAGCAGCAUAUCUGAGAACGACAUUUCCAAUCUUGUCUCUGAAUUCGAUGUGAGUGAACUGGUGGAGGAGGUCGCAAACAUAUUAUACACUGGUCAUCGAGCACCACUACGACUCACGCAAGGAUCCCGCAAGAUGUCCUCCGACGCGGGCAUGGCUGGCUCUGACACGGCUCAGCUCAAUCCCACCAGCCAGAUGUCUGUUGUCAUACGCAAUGACCGAUUCGAUAAUUGGAGGAUCCGAUCGCUUGCAGGUGCCUGGAGAAGGAUAGUCAUGAAUCUCCUCGGCAAUGCGAUAAAGUGGACGGAGGUCGGAUUCGUUGAAGUGUCUUUAUCAAAGACUACCAAUGCGUCCGAUUCUCAGCCUCUUGUCCACUUGUCCAUCACAGACACCGGUCGAGGGAUUGCGGCAGAGUUCAUCAAACACAAACUCUUUGUCCCAUUCUCUCAAGAGGAUCCGCUUUCCGAGGGCGUGGGACUGGGUCUCAGCACUGUUCAUCAACUGGUGACAUCGCUGGGAGGUCACGUCAAUAUUCGCAGCGAGAUAGGCAUCGGGACUCAAGCUGAUGUCUAUCUCCCGGUCCAAUAUCUUCCACCCAUGGCCGAUGAAAAUUCGCAAUGCGUCCCAGGAGCUGUUGACAACUGUUCAAGUCCCAUCCAUGCGUGUUUGGUCGGAUUCAAUGGUUACCCCGAUCUCACCGAAACGCCCACCGGCAUACUUACCAUUGAGGGCAAGCGGAAGCUUUGCAUACAAAGCACACUCGCGAGUAUAUUCAUGACGAACCUCAACUGGACCAUCUCUCUCGCUGAUUCUAUCGAAGAAGCCCAUGGCCAAGUUGUUGUCAUCGAAGAGGAAAUACUGAAUCGUGCGUCGAUUGAAUACAAGCAAAGUGUCGCUGACAUAGCGGCUCGAUUUGGAGUCGAAUUCUUUUUCGUGCUCAGUGAUGACAAUGCUACAAUCACCCCAAAACUCUCAGCCAAUGUCGUUCGCAUCGCUCAACCAUUUGGGCCACAUAAAGUCUACCACGCGGUGGAGCGAUUUGUAACCUGGCGCGAGGAAACGUUCCAAGCUGUCCCCGUCGCCUUUCCUGAUGUCACACCCUUGGCGUGUCCCCCUUUGACAGAAGAUGCGCUUCCGUCGGAUGCUGCAUUGGAUCAUGUUGAGGGAACGUUGCCCGCUGCCUCUUUGGACACAACGGGCUCUUCUGGCGACUUGAUUGCCUCUACACCCCACCCACCCACCAAGCAAUCCUUGGCGCAUGUCCUCAUUGUAGAUGAUAACGACAUCAACCUCAAGAUAAUGGCCACAUUCAUGGCAAAAAUCAAUUGCAGCUACGAAACAGCCGUCAACGGUCUGAUCGCAUUUGAGAAGUACAAAGCAUCUGCCUCUAGAUACGACUUUGUCUUGAUGGAUAUCUCAAUGCCGGUUAUGGACGGCCUUGUCUCCACGAGCAAAAUUCGCGAAUAUGAACGUGCAGCAGGCCUCACACCAACCUGCAUCAUGGCUGUUACUGGAGUUUCCUCCGCCGGUUUCCAACAUCAAGCUUACACAGCCGGCAUCGACAAAUAUCUCAUCAAACCACUCUCCCUGAACGACCUGAAAACUCUUAUGAAUCUUGCAUGA